UAACAACAUCGUACAACGAGACAGACCAUAAUUUUGAAAAGUAAAAAUUAAAAAUUAAUAAUUGCAUUUUAACUUUAAAAUAACAUUAUACGUUUAACAUACAUAAUAUAGCAAUGAUGUAAAUGUACUAGAUAUAUUGAAAUCGAAUUAAAAUGGCUUAAUUUCUUUGUUUGUGGUCAUAAAUAAUCCUAUGCCUUAUAACCAUUUGAAUUAAUUGAAGCCAAACAAACUUAACUAAUAUGAUACGAUGCUCAAUUUUUGGAAAACAAUUCAAUCUAAAAAAAACCCAACAUCAUCGGCUAAUAUCAAUAACACUGGGCUAAACAUUAGCAGUGAUGGACUACUACCUCUCAAAGAUUUUGAAUAUGGCGAGAGUGAUCUCUAUGCUCUGGAAAAAUGUAGAUUGUCAUUAAAUUUUGGUGAAGCAUUAGUGUUGGAAAAUAGUGCACUUUUGUCCAUGUUUAGACAAUUUUUAGAUCACAGAAAUUCAUUAUCACUUUACCAUUUAUACAUGGCAUUAUUGGGUCGCACAGAUAUUGAAGAUGAGUUAUUACGUACAAAUUUAUUGAGAAAUAUCUCAGUUCAUCGGAUUAAUUUUCCUGAUUUAUUAAUAGCUAAAAUUAAUAAUCAUAGUAAACACAUAGAUAUUGGUGAUUUAAAAGAAGUUACAGAUAAGGUUUAUGCAAUAUUACAAGAGUAUUGGAAUAGUUUUGUUCAGACUGAUAUGUUUUGUAAAUACCAAGUAGAUGUCUUAACAGGUGGACAAGUUACUCUUGGUGAUAUACUGCUCUGUGAUGGACUUCUUUCUUAUUUCAUGGAGUUCCUUGACAGUGAAGGCUGUAGAUCAAUUGUUGAAUUCUGGUUAGCGGCUACAAAUUUUAAAAGUUGUGUUGAACAAUUAAAAAGUACUUCAGUUAACUAUGAGCAAGCACAAAGUGAUGCUAUUUGUAUUUAUGAAAAGUAUCUUUCUCUUCAGGCAACAUGUUCACUUGGCUUCACUGAUCAAGUUAGAAUUACUGUCGAAGAAUCUAUAUGUCCAGCUGACAUACAAGGCCAAACUGUUACAACAAUAAGCCAGUGUUUUAGAUCUGCCGUUUUAGUAGUCCUAGCAUUUUUACGUCAUAGAUGUUUAAUGCCCUUCCUAUCAUCUCAACAUUAUGUACGUUAUUUGUCCGAAUUAAUAAAAGCUGGAAAUUCCUAUCAAUCUCUUUCCCAAGACAACGAAUCAUCUAGCUCGUCAGUUUCUGAGUAUAGUACUAAUUCAAAACGAUCAAUGUCUUCCCUUUUACCAUAUUCAGCCAGUACAGAUUCGUUAUGGAGAAAAAGACAGCAAAGUGGUUUAAGUUUUGGCCGAGUCGAUGAAUAUGGUCGUUUUGAAAGGAAUAUAGAACCAGAUCCAGAUAAAAACAAAGAAUCUGGUAUUAGAAGAAUGAUGAAAAAAUUUGUGAAUAAAGAGGGUGUAAAAAUGCAGGAAGAUAUGGCAUGGCAAGUAGCUGAAAUGAUAAUAAAAGAUGUAACAAGUGUGACAAUGGCAAAUAAUGAUGAAGAUUUUGGUGCAGAAUAAAAUGCUGUAAAAAAAAACUAUGUAAUAAUUUAUAAUAUAUAUUUUAAAAUAACAAAAAAAUAUUAAUUUAUUAAUAACAUAUGUAAAGAAAAGACAGGUAAUUAAUUGUGAGUGAAA